AUGAGUAUUAUAUCUUGGAAUUUUCAUGGGCUUGGGAACCCAUGGGCUCAACAAUUCUUGAAGGAUCUUGUGGUCCAAAAGAAGCCCAAUUAUUUAUUUUUGUGUGAAACUCUUGCUAAGAAGGAUAUGGUUGAACGGGUACGUGUGGCGAUUGGGUUUGAAGGUGCACUUGCAAUUGAUUGUCAGGGGAAGAGUGGGGGUGUUGCUCUUUUGUGGAAGGAUGAGGAGGAUGUUCAAGUUUUGGACUAUGGGGUGUCCUAUAUUGAUGUAGUAAUUUGUGGAUGUGAUCAAGGUCAUUGGCGAUUGAUGGGGUUAUAUGGUGACCUUAACAAUGUUACUUCCCAAGAUGACAAGAAAGGUGGUCAUCCUUAUCCGAGGUGGUUAGUGGAGGUCUUCAAUGAUACUUUGGUGGAUUGUGGUUUACAUGAUCUUGAGUUGUAUGGCUACCCGUACACUUGGGAGCGUAGUCGAGGCACGGCAGAUCGGGUGGAGCGUGAGAUUUUUUGGAAGCAGAGAAGCAAGCAACUUUGGUUGCGUGAAGGGGAUAGUAAUUCCAAAUAUUUUCAUGCAUCGACCACUGCUAGAAGACGUAGAAAUUCGAUACAAAAGCUAAAAGAUUCAGCAGGUGUUUGGGUUAAUUGGAAAGGCAGGCUUCCUUCGGUCAUGGUGGAGUAUUUUUCUACUUUGUUUACAGCUACAGCCGUGGCUGAUAAUGAGGUUAUUCAGUGUGUUCCUUCGGCUGUGACAAGUGAACACAACAACAGAUUGUUGGAACCGGUUUCGGAUGAUGAGGUUCGUCAUGCUCUUUUCCAAAUGCAUCCGGAUAAAUCUUCCGGACAUGAUGGAAUGACACUGGGUUUUUAUCAAAAGUGUUGGAGCACUGUGUUGGCAAAUCGGUUUAAAGAUGUUUUGCCAAUGGUGAUCUCAAAUCAUCAAAGUGUUUUUCUUCCGGGCCGGUUAAUAUCGGACAAUAUUAUGGUUGCUUUUGAGAUUAUGCAUUAUCUGAAGAGGAAGAGAGUUGGGAAGGAGGGAUUUAUGGCUAUUAAACUUAACAUGAGUAAAGCUUAUGACCAAGUCGAGUGGAGUUUUAUUGAGAACAUGUUGAUCCUUAUGGGCUUUGACCAACAUUGGGUUCAUUUGAUUAUGUUCUGUGUGACUACGGUUUCGUAUAAUAUUACUCAUGGAGGUCAUUCAAUGGGGCCUAUUACACCAAGCAGAGGGUUGCGUCAAGGAGAUCCAUUGUCUCCUUACUUAUUUUUGAUUUGUGCGAAGGGUCUCUUGUUGUUGUUAAAACAUUAUGAGCGGCAUCAUUGGUUGACUGGAUGUCGAGUGGCUCGGGGUGCUCCUAUGGUGUCUCAUAUGCUAUUCGCGGAUGACAGCUAUGUGUUUUGUAAGGCUAAUGAGAAUGAAGCUCAGAAUGUGUUGCGGCUUUUGCAUAGAUAUGAGCUUGCUUCUGGUCAGCAAGUAAACUUUGCUAAGUCCUCUGUUUUCUUUAGCAACAAUAUUACUGUGGCUGUGCAUGAUCGUUUGUGUGGUCUUAUGCGAUUGAAUGCGGCUUCGGAUGAUAGCUUUUACUUGGGUCUUCCAUCCAUCAUGGGAAGAAAUAAAAAUGCCAUUCUUGGCUUUUUGAAGGAAAAACUGAAGAAGAAAAUUUUUAGUUGGGAGACUAAGUUUUUGUCUAAAGCUGGCAAAGAAGUUUUGAUCAAGUCAGUAGCUCAGGCUUUACCUAAUUAUGCAAUGAGUGUUUUUCUUUUGACUCAUGAAAUCUGGUCGAGCCUUGAAGGGAUGAUGGCGAAGUUUUGGUGGAAAUCCCAAUCGAGUUCUUCUAGUAAGGGAGUGAGUUGGGUUAGUUGGAAGAAGCUUUGUCAACAUAAAAAUGUUGGUGGUCUUGGCUUUCGCGACCUUCGUGAUUAUAAUCUUUCUUUUUUGGGAAAACAAGGUUGGCGACUGCUUACUAUGGAGGACACACUUGUGGCGAAAAUCUAUAAAGCAAGGUAUUAUCCGCAUGGUUCAUUUCUUAAUGUCGAGCUAGGACAAAACCCAAGUUUCAUUUGGAGGAGCAUUUGGGCUGCUCAAGAUCUUGUAAAAAAUGGUGCUAGAAGAUCCAUUGCUAAUGGUUCUUCGGUUAGCAUUUUACACGAUCCUUGGUUACCCAAUGAUUCUAAUCCGUUUGUUUUGUCCAAUAAUACGGGCCUUGUUGAUCAAUAUGUUUCUAGUUUGAUGGUAGUUGGGGAGAGGUCUUGGGAUGUUGAACUUCUCUGUAAAGUCUUUUUUUGGCAAUUUUUCAUUCUCAAUGAUAUGUUUGAAGAGAGAGAUAUAAAUUUGAUUAGAAGCAUACAACUUAGUCAUUCUCGGGCUAUGGAUGGUUGGUAUUGGAAUAUGGAGUCUUUGGGAUUUUACUCGGUUAAAAGUGCCUACAAGUUCCUUCAAUCAUCUAGAGGGAAUUGGUUGUUUAUGCAAGAUGAGAAUUGUUGGAAGAAUUUAUGGCAGCUGCCCAUUCCUUCUAAAGUUCAUCAUUUUCUUUGGAAAGCUUGUUCUGGUUGCCUCCCAACUAAGGUACAACUUCAAUCUAAACAUGUUAAUGUUGAUCUCUUGUGUCCUUUGUGUAAUAUGCAUGUGGAGACAAUAUUUCAUGUGUUGUUGGACUGUUCUUUUUCACGAUCUUGCUGGGCACUUUCUGCUGUAAACCAGUCGACUGCUGGUGCAAAUGCCGAGUUGAGCAGCUGGUUUUUUGACCUUCUUGCUGACUGCAGUGAGAACAAAUCUCAGACUGCUUUGGAGGUGGUAAAGUCGGCAAAACAUGUCCUUGGCCAAUGGAAAAUUACAAAGUUUGAGACCCCUAAUGCGUUAUUUGCUAUAGGAGACACUUCACAUAAUAAUUGUUGGCGUAAACCUGAUGUUUUUACGGUCAAGGUGAAUGUCGAUGGUGCGACUUUUAAGGCUCACCAAAAAUUUAGUUUUGGUUGUGUUGCACGUAAUAAUCAUGGCAAGCUACUUGAAGCUAUUUCUGAAAGUAGAUGGGGCUGUGUGUCUGCAGAAAUAGCUGAGGUUAUUGGCAUUAAGGAGGCGCUUAGUUGGAUAAAGCGUAAAGGUUGGGAUGCGGUGGUUGUUGAGUCUGAUGCGUUAGGGAGGUCUGGUGUUGUUCGUAAAGAAGAAAGAUGGAUCUCUUCGGAUGUGUAUAGAUUAUCAUGA